AUGGCUUCCCUCCGUAUGCCCCGACGGGCCCUUCCCUCCCUUAAAUCCGUCCGCACUCCCUCCUCGAUCUCAACUUCAACUUUCACAUCAACCCACCUCCGCCCCUCCGUCCCCUCCCAGUCCAGAUCACAACCACCUCAAAUCCGACCAUACCACUCAACCCUCCAUCCUCGCCUCCCAGACCAUACCUACAACAACAGCCAAACAGCAAUCCUAACCGCCUCCCUACCCCACAUCCCAACCCACGGCUUUUCAGCCGAAUCCCUCGCCCUCGGCGCUCGCGACGCAGGCUUCCUCGACGUCUCCGUGCAGCUCUUCCCUCGCGCCGAAUUCGACCUCAUCCUCUUCUGGCUCGCUAGUCGACGCGGUCUGCUUCGCGCAAAGGUCGAGGAAGGCGCGCUAUUCCGCCGCGUUGCCGAUCAGGCCGGGAGGGAUGUGUCUUCCCUGGACGUCGAGGAGAAAUGUCGGAUUUUGGUGAUGGAGAGAUUGAAAAUGAAUGAGGAUGUUAAGGGGCAGUGGUCGGGUGCCCUCGCGCAAAUGUCCCUCCUCGGAAAUAUCACCCUCUCCCUAAGCGAGCUCCACGCCCUUUCAAACGAUAUUCUUUCUCUAGCUGGUGAUUCCGCUGUCGAUGCAUCCUGGUACUCGCGCCGGUUCGGGUUAUCUGCCAUCUAUGCCUCGGCCGAGAUGGUUAUGACGCGUGAUCCGACGCCGGAUCUCAGUGAGACUGAGACGUUUGUGAACCGCCGGUUUGAGGAUAAACUUGCUCUUAACCAGAAGAUUGAGGGGUUGAGUCAGUGUGUUAGUUUCGUGGGGAACACGGCUGUGGGCGUUGGAAGGUCUUGGGGGUUGAAGAUUUAA